AUGGCAGAGGGAGCAAUCACCCAAGGCGCUAUCCAGAGCAUCUUUCAGCCGAGCGGUUGCUUCGUGGAGCACCCAGUACUGCAAUGCGUGCAGAUCAAGACCAUGGAGCCCAAGGCGGGCGAGGCAAAUCCCGUACAGCGCUUUCGGGUUGUGUUGAGUGAUAUUCGGAACUUUAUUCAGACCAUGAUCGCCACCACUGCCAACGAGAUUGUCACUUCUGGUCAGCUCAAGAAGGGAUCGAUUGUACGACUUCUCAAGUACAAUCCUCAACGUGUCAAGGAUAAGAACAUCCUAAUCAUCAUGGAACUAGAAGUUCUUUCGCAGUACGGCGAACUUGACAAGAUUGGGCAGCCUGAGGCUCUAGAUACCAAGCCUGCCGAUGCGCAGCCUGCCGCUAUCCCCGGCAAUAAUUUCUACGGAUCGAAGCCUGCGCCUGCCCCGCAACCUCAGCGCUCGCUGCCUACUCAUCAGAGUAACCCUGGGACUUCUUCACACCCUCAUCUUUAUCCUAUCGAAUCUCUUUCGCCCUACGCCCACAAGUGGACCAUUCGAGCACGAUGCACCCACAAGAGCGACAUGAAGGAAUGGCACAACCAGAAGGGAACGGGCAAACUUUUCAGCGUAAAUUUGCUGGAUGACACUGGCGAAAUUCGAGCGACAGCUUUCACCGAAGUCGCUGAUAAACUGUUCCCAGUAUUUGAAGAGGGUGUUGUGUACUACAUCUCUGCACCCUGCAGAGUAACGCUUGCGAAGAAAAACUUCUCAAACUUGCCCAACGACUAUGAGCUGCAGUUUGAGCGUGACACUGAGGUCGAAAAGGCAGAGGAUCAGGACAACAAGCCACAGAUUCGAUUCAACUUCACCAAGAUUGGCGAUCUUACCUCGGUUGAAAAGGACACAACCAUCGACACGAUUGGUGUAUUGAAGGAAGUUGCUGAGGUUACUACAAUAACUUCAAAGAAUACCAACAAAGACUUCAGCAAGCGAGAACUGACACUAGCCGAUGACAGUCAAACAUCUGUGCGACUCACCAUCUGGGGCAAGACUGCAGAGAGCUUCGAUGUACCGCUGGAGUCGAUUGUUGCUUUCAAGGGAGUAAAAGUCUCCGACUUUGGCGGCCGAAGUCUGAGUCUGUUGAGCUCCGGUUCAAUGAUGGUCGAUCCAGACAUUGAUGAGGCUCACAAGUUACGAGGAUGGUUCAAUGCUGUUGGACAGAGUGCUACCUUCUCUACGCAUCAGAACAUGGUGUCUACUACUGGCGGUUCCAAGAACGACGCAAAGCCAAUUUCGGCUAUCAUCGAGGAAGAGGCCUAUCUCCAAGAUACCCCCUCAUACAUGAGCCUUCGUGCAUCGGUCCUUUACGUCAAAGAUUCGACUUUCGCAUAUCCUGCGUGUUCGACACAAGGCUGUAACAAGAAAGUCAUUGAAGAAAACCCUGGGUCUUGGUGGUGUGAGAAGUGCCAGGCUGCUUUCCCUGAGCCCAAUUACCGCUAUGUGCUCAGCGCCAACGUUGGGGACCACACCGGCACGUUAUGGCUCAGUUGCUUUGACGAAGCGGGUCAAACAAUCGUUGGCGUGUCAGCAAACGAAGCCAUGAAGAUGAAGAUGGAUGACGAAGAAAAUGGUUCGAGAAACUUUACGAAUCUCAUGCAGGAAGCGACCUGUAAGACCUUCAACUUCCGAGUACGUGCGAAGAUGGAGACGUACCAGGACCAACCCAAGCCACGAUAUCAAGUCAUGAACAUAUACCCACUCAACUUCGCCCAGGAGGCCAAUAAGCUCGCCCAGCUUAUCAAGCAAUACAACAUGAACGAGGAUAGUUUGUUUGUCAGCUAA